AUGGGCUGGAGUCCUCCGUGUUCAAACAACCAAAGCACUUCUCUUUACCUUCAACUUCCUUUUUUUUCAAACCAAAAAAACCUCAAACCCCAACUCAAACCAAAAAUGUUCCGCACCAUCGUCCUCCUGACCCUCACCGGCUUCGCCGCCGCCGCCAUCUCGGUCGACGGUUCCUGCGGCGGAGCCAACAACGCCACCUGCCUCGGCAGCGAGUUUGGCAACUGCUGCUCCAUGUACGGAUACUGCGGCUCGACCGUCCCCUACUGCGGCCAGGGCUGCAACACCAAGUUCGGCACCUGCGGCGGCAACGUCACCGGCACCGCCCUCCCCAGCGCCGAGGCCCCCGCCAAGGCCAACAGCCAGGCCAGGCGCAGCAACAGGCCCGUCGUGGUCCGCCGCUCCCUGUAA